GAGUCAAUAGGCAAAAUGAAGCUUACAAUUUUUUAUCUAAUUACCUUUGUGGUCCUAACAAUAGCAAACGAUGAUGACGAUCUAUCUAGUAUAUUUGAAAGUGGAAACAAAAAAUUCACAGCAAACAUGCUAUUUGAAGUGGUGAAAGCAAAUCCACAGAAGAGUGCAGUCAUAUCAGCAUAUUCCGUUCUGACUCCUCUAGCCCAGCUGGCUUUGGCUUCCGAAGGAGACUCUCAUGAUGAACUACUUGACGUUCUUGGCAUGCCUGAUGACGAUGUUGUUGCAGCAGUAUUUUCGCAAGCAGACGAGAACAUAGCAUUAGUAAAAGACGUAGAACUCAAGAAAGCAAGCAAAGUAUAUGUAGCUCAAGAUCUUCAGCUAAGUGAUGAAUUCGCAAACGUCACAAGUGUACUUUUUAAUUCCGAAAUCGAAAAUGUGGACUUCACUAAAAAUGUGGAAGCUGCAAGAGAAAUUAACUUAUGGAUUGAAAAUCAAACAGAUCACAAAAUAAAGGAUAUGGUUAAUCCAAAUUCAUUAAAUAGUAACACACGUUUAAUGCUCGUCAACGCAAUUUAUUUUAAGGGUCAAUGGAAAGAACAAUUUGAAAAAGAAUACACAACUGAGGAAGAUUUUUAUGUCACCAAGAAAAGUACUAUAAAAGUACCUAUGAUGAAACAAUUAGCAUACUUUAAUUAUACUGAAGACAAAACAUUAAAAGCAAAGGUUUUAGAAAUGAUGUACGUCGGAGGUGAGGCCUCUAUGAUUAUUGUUCUUCCAAAUAAAAUAAAUGGCCUAACUAACGUAGUGAAGAAACUAAAAGACCCGCAUGUUUUGAAUAGGGCUCUCCAAACUACACAAAACGUUAAAGUCGAUGUUCAAAUUCCGAAAUUUAAAAUUGAAACAACGACGAAUUUAAGAGAUAUAUUGGAAAAAUUAGGUGUAAAGAAAAUUUUCUCACCUGGAGAAGCUCAACUAACUAGACUAUUGAAAGGAGACGACAGUACUGUAUCUAUAAGUGAUGCUGUACAAAAAGCUUACAUUCAAGUUAAUGAAGAGGGUUCUGAAGCAGCAGCCGCAAAUAAAUUUCAUUUAUUCGACUCGUCUCUCUAUAGCACUGUGAAGGAUUUCAACGCCAACAGACCAUUUUACUUUGAAAUAAGGGCAAAAAACGUACCAAUAUUCAGUGGAGUUAAAUUAGUGUGUGACCGGCGAUUGAACGAGUCAACCGGCAAAAUGAAGCUCACUAUUUUUUAUUUGAUGGCGCUCGCUGCUAUAGCACUAGGAGAUAAUACGGAAUUAUCCAGAACAUUGAAAAAUGGAAACGAUCAAUUCACAGCUAACAUGUUCUCUGAAGUAGUAAAGGAGAAGCCAAAUGAAAGUUUUGUAAUGUCAGCAUUCUCUGUGUUGACUCCCCUCGCUCAGCUGGCUUUGGCUUCCGAAGGAGAAUCACACGAUGAACUGCUCAACGCUAUCGGCAUGCCUAAUGACAAUGUUACGAAAGCAGUAUUUUCCCAUUCUGAUGAGAGACUGAAAUCGGUCAAGGGAGUUGAACUCAAAACUGCGAGUAAAAUUUACGUUGCACAAGAUUACAAAUUAAAUGACAAUUUUGCAGCUGUAACUCGUGAUGUUUUCCACUCUGAAGUUCAAAACGUAAACUUCGUUGAUAGUGGCCCAACUGCGAAUGCAAUUAAUGCCUGGGUAGAAGACCAAACAAACCACAAAAUAAAGAAUCUCGUUGACCCUAACUCUUUAAACUCUGAUACUCGUGCAUUGUUGGUCAAUGCUAUUUAUUUCAAGGGUCUCUGGCAAAGUCCCUUCAACAAACAUGCAACGGCACCAAGAGAUUUUCACGUAACAAAAGAAAAGUCUGUUAAAGUAGAUAUGAUGUACCAAAAAGGAGAUUUCCAGUAUGGCGAAAGUGACGAACUCAAAGCCCAGAUUUUGGAAAUGUUCUACGAAGGAGAAGAAGCAUCAAUGGUAUUGGUACUUCCAAAUGAAGUAGACGGUAUCAAUGAAUUGGAACAGAAAUUAAAGGACCCUAAUGUUUUGGACAAGGCUCUGAAAAACUUAUACAAGACGGAAGUUGAAGUUCACAUUCCUAAAUUCAAAAUUGAAACUACCACCGAUCUUAAAAAGGUUUUGGAAAAUAUGGGCGUUAAGAGAGUUUUCUCUCCCAGUACCGCUCGCCUUAGCAACCUCUUGGAAGGAACUGAUAACGGUUUAUAUAUUUCUGAUGCUUUACAAAAGGCCUUUAUUGAAGUGAAUGAAGAAGGUGCUGAAGCAGCCGCAGCCAACGGUUUCUAUACUAAUAUGUCAAUGCCAAACGUUCCAUCACAGCCGAGGAUAUUUAAAGCUAAUAGGCCAUUUUAUUUCGAUAUACGGUCUAAAGGAUUGCUUUUAUUCAAUGGAAUUAAUGCUGGAAUAAAAAAAUAAUAAAAUAAUUAUAACAUUUGAAACGAUGUUCAUAUUGCAUAUUAUUUAAAAAUUAAACAUGAAUAUUUACAAUCGUUGUAACAUAAUAUCAAGUACACCAAAUAAAGUACCUAUCGAUGUUCCAAGAUUUGCAAAAAAUGUAUGAUCUACUUGAUUUCC